CAGGAGACAAGAGAUCGAAAAAAAAAAAACUCAGGCAACGAAGAUCCCCUUGCGGCUCGUGCUCCUACUACCUCGUUGUGAGGCCAAUCCUUCUUUGCUGUCUCGUAUCUUCUUGCGAGAGGCGGCGAGAGGCGAAGAGAUCUGGCUGCGCCCUCCCGCAGUUCCGUGUGCUAGGGUUUUGCCCCCCUGAUGGCGUCGCCGGGGAAGAUGGAGGGCCCGUCGGCCCCAGCUCUCCGCCGGGACCCGUACGAGGUGCUAUCCGUGUCCAGAGACUCCUCCGACCAGGAGAUCAAAUCAGCCUACCGCAAGCUCGCGCUUAAGUACCACCCUGACAAGAAUGUUAGCAACCCAGAAGCAUCCGAGCUCUUCAAGGAAGUUGCAUAUUCAUACAGCAUCCUGUCAGAUCCUGAGAAACGGAGGCAUUAUGAUACUGCUGGUUUCGAGGCAUUAGAAAAUGAAGGAAUGGAUAUGGAGAUUGAUUUGUCCAAUCUUGGAACUGUCAAUACAAUGUUUGCUGCACUUUUCAGCAAGCUCGGGGUUCCUAUCAAGACCACGGUAUCUCCUACUGUUCUUGAAGAAGCUAUGAAUGGAACAGUCACAGUGAGACCACUCCCAGUUGGAACAUCAGCUACAGGAAAGGUUGAAAAGCAAUCUGCUCAUUUCUUUGGUGUAACAAUAAGUGAAGAACAAGCUCAUUUAGGAAUAGUAGUUAGAGUCACCUCAGUUGCACAAAGUAAAUUUAAGCUUCUUUUCUUUGAACAAGAAGUUAAUGGAGGCUAUGGGCUAGCUCUGCAGGAAGACAGUCAGAAGACUGGCAAGGUGACAUCUGCAGGCAUGUAUUUCUUGCAUUUUCAAGUGUACCGUAUGGACUCGACAGUGAAUGCGUUGGCAAUGGCUAAAGAUCCUGAGGCUGCAUUCUUUAAAAGAUUGGAAGGUCUCCAACCUUGUGAAGUGUCAACUCUCAAAUCAGGAACUCAUAUAUUUGCUGUAUAUGGUGACAAUUUUUUCAAGCCAGCUAGCUAUACAAUUGAAGCAAUGUGUGCAAAGAGUUAUGAAGAGACAACACAGCGGCUAAAAGAAAUUGAGUCUAAAAUUCUUGAGAAAAGAAAUGAUCUCCGCCAAUUUGAAACUGAGUACAGAAAAGCUUUGGCACGGUUUCAAGAAGUGACUACCAGAUACACACAAGAAAAAGAAGCGGUUGAUGAUAUGUUGAGAGAAAGGGAUGACAUCCAUUCUUCAUUCACGACCGAACGAACUAUGGUGAACUCUGUUGGCUCUGGUAGCAGCAGCAGUAGAUAUCCAGCUGAACAGAGUAGAACUGAGAGUCCCGAGAAUGGUAACAUAGACGCCAGGGAUAAAUCAAGCAAAAAGAAGUGGUUUAAUCUAAAUCUUAAUAGAUCUGACAAGAAAGCCUGAGCAAUCAAUUUUUCAUCAAUGCCAAUCAGCACUGUACAUUUCAGAAGCCCUAUUGUAUUUGUGCCUUGUGAACUCUACGCUCCCCUAUUUUCGGAAGUUCUUCUAGCAUAGCAGUUUUGAGAAAAAUCUUUUAUUAUUCAUCAACUUUUUCCUCUGCUGCUCAUUUAUCUCCAAUUCCUCUGCCCUUGUUACCAUUGGAGAAUUGCAAAAGUAAUAGGCACUUGGGAUAGGUCUUUCAUAUGAUUGUUAAUGUCAGUGGUAAUUAUCUGGUGGAAGCAUUUGACAAA